AUGCAUUCCCAGAACGAUAGCGUAUCCGCUUCCGCUUCCUUUGCUUUGGUCGAUGGUUUGGUCAGCGGCAGAUGUGAUCAUAUGGAGAAUCGUGGAUCGACAGGGUCAUAUUCAGUCUGUGCCCCUCCCAACCCGCAUGCUCCCCCAAGCCCCAAGGGUCGUGGUGGUGCAGUGCAUUAUUGGGGUGGUGUUCGUCCCCUUUUUGCCGCUGCUGCUUGGUUGCGUGGGAGAAGCGACGUCGAGCUGAGGUCCCGAUUCCUCGGACCAAACAUCGUCCAGAUCAAGCCCACCUCUCAUGACCUUGCUGGAGUUUUUGAGCCUCCUUCAUGCCUUCUCACUUCUGAUACGCCUGUGUGGCAAUAACAUUUUCUGCAACCAGGGACCUUCAGCCACCAACUCCCAUCGUGUACUCGCCAUGCACGAACUAAUCGGGCUGACCGAUGACCUAGACUCGACAUAUAUCCGUCCUACAUUCCAACACGCGACCAGGAAGCCAAAGAUUCCCACAAUCUGCUGCCGUAAGCAAAAUGCAGCAAAAAAAUAUGAUUUCCAGCCAUCAACAGCUUCUCUUGAGGUCUAUCCAUGUUGAAACUGGAGGUAGUGGCUUGCUUGCCUUACCGAUAUACUAUCGGUUGAAGAUCUUCAAAGCAGAUUUGCCUCAUCCCCCAGCAGAACAAGCACUUGACUUGUAA